GGUCUGAGGGGCAGGUUUCCUUUAAGAGGCUCGACCCGGGUUAGGAAAGUAUCCAGAGGGAGGAGACUGAGCCCCUCAGUCCUCUGAUAGGACCCCUGCCAUCCUCCCCGGGCAGGGUUCCCGUAUGUUGAGUCGUGACUUCCGUCCCGGGCUCUGAGGGCCAGAGGCGUCGUUGGUUGCGGCCUGUGGAGGACGACUCCGACGGGCGUUGAGAUCAGUUGGCCCCCAUCACCACCUCCUGCCCACACCCCUGCCUGCCAUCCCCAACACGAGUCAUCAUGCCUCACGGUCAGAAGAGUCAGUGUGGCAAGCUUGAAGGAGGCCCUCUGGCUGAAGAAGAGGUUCAGGGCCUGGUGGGUGCACAGGUUCCUGUAGCUGAGGAGGAGGUGGCCACCUCCUCUUCGCUGUCUCCUUUGAUCCAGGGCACCCCAGAGGCUGUGCCUGAUGCGGGAACCCAGAGUGUUUCCCAGAGUUCUCAGAGCGCCUGCUCCUUCAAUUCCGUUGAAGCCAUUCCAUCAAGCGCAUCAGAUGAGGGCUCCAGCAACCAAGAAGAGAGUCCAAGCACCUCCCAGGCUCCCGAGUUCUUGCUUGGUGAUGUGCUAAACAGGAAGGUAGUUGAAUUGGUGCGGUUCUUGAGUGUCAAGUAUGUAACAAAGGAGCCCAUCACAGAGGCAGAAAUGCUGACGAGUGUCAUCAAAGAGCAUAAGGAUGACUUCCCUCUGAUCUUCAGCAAAGUCUGUGAGUGCCUGGAGAUCGUCUUUGGCAUUGAAGUGAAAGAAGUGGAUCCCACCAGCCACACCUAUGUGCUCGUCAAAAUACUAGACCUCACCUAUGAUGGGAUGCUGAGUGAUGCCCGCGGCAUGCCCAAGACCGGCCUCCUGGUACUUAUCCUGGGGAUGAUCUUCUUGGAGGGCAACCGUGCCUCCGAAGAGAAAGUCUGGGACAUGCUGAGUGUCAUCGGGGUGCAUGCUGGGCAGGAGGAUUUCAUCUACGGGGAGCCCAGGAAGCUGAUCACCGAAGAUUUGGUGAGGGAAAAGUACCUGGAAUACCGGCAGGUGCCCGACAGUGAUCCUCCCUGCUACGAGUUCCUGUGGGGGCCAAGGGCCUAUGCUGAAACCAGCAAGAUGAAAGUCCUGCAGUUUUUUGCCAAGGUCAGUGGGGCCGACUGCGCUUCCUUCCCAUCCUGGUAUGAGGAAGCCAGGAGAGAUGACGAAGAGAGAGCCCAGUUGGCUGUAGAUGAUGCUGCCAUGGCCAGUGCAAGUCCCAGCGUCACGUCCAGCAGCCUCUCCGGCCCUGAGUGAAGUCGGCGGAAGCUUCUCCACUCUGAAGAGAGCAAUCAAGGUUCUACGUGGUGGAGGGCUGAAUUGCAGAUUUUAUCCUUUUUUUCCCUUUUUUGAUAUUUUUCAAAUAUUCUUCCUCCUAAUAGGUUUAUUAGCUUUAGUGUCUAGGUUCAUGAAUGACACUGCUCACACUUAUUACUGUUUGUCAGGUUUUAGAGUAAGAAUUUUGCUGUUCUGUAAAACAUACUGGGAAACCUUCCAUUUCUUACUUUGUGAUCUAGAACAGGAUAACAUGGCAUUGGAAUAGGAAUUUCCUUAAAAACUUGCAAGAGCCCAGCAAUAAAAUAGAUGGGGUCAAGAAAUAGAAGAAAAAAAUGUAUAAGAUGGUUAUCCUAAGAAUCCUGUAUCCCACUUAGUCUGUUAUUUUAUAAAAUUAAAGAUAUACACCUGGGUUAAAGAAUCUUAAUAAAAUAAAAA